GCCCCUGCCUUGCCCAGGAUACUGGGGUCCUGCGGAGCUGGAGGGCAGAAGGAGGCACGCAGGGGACCUAGCAGGGAGGCCCCGCUUGGCCUCAGUUAUCUGCCCUUGAAAGUGGAAUUAUUGAUAAGAACUACCCUUUGGUCUGGCGUGCUUACUUGGGCCAGGUGCCCACCUCAUCAUACGCUCAGCGGCAGCAGGUGAGGGAGACUGCAAGGAGAGAAGGGGAGUAAAGACAGCACGUGGUGUCCCAGGAGGAGGCUGGAAGGAGGCAGUUGCCUAUCCCUGCAGGAAGAACCCCUAGAGCAGCAAACCCUUCACUUGGAAAUAUUUUAAACAUUUGCCUCUUGGGAUAUGGACGACAGGAAAAUGGACACCUGGGAUGAAAAGGCAGUCACCCGCAGGGCCAGGGUGGCUCCCGCCGAGAGGAUGAGCAAGUUCCUGAGGCACUUCACUGUCGUGGGGGACGACUACCAGGCCUGGAACAUCAACUACAAGAAAUGGGAGAAUGAGGAGGAGGAUGAGGAGGAGGAGCAGCCGCGAGCCCCAGCCUCUAGCGAGGAAGGCAGAGCUGCCGACCCAGCGGCAGCCCCCGUGCCCGCGCCCAGGCCCCCCCUAGACUUCAGGACCACGCUAAGGAAGCUCUUCAGCGCCCACAGGUUUCAGGUCAUCAUCAUUUGCCUGGUCAUUCUGGAUGCCCUCCUCGUGCUUGCCGAGCUCAUUCUGGACCUAAAUAUCAUCCAGCUGGACAAUAACUAUGCCGCCAAGGUGUUCCACUACAUGAGCAUUGCCAUCUUGACCUUCUUCAUGGUGGAGUUUUGCUUCAAGUUAUAUGUCUUCCGCUUGGAGUUCUUCCACCACAAGUUUGAGAUCCUAGACGCCAUCGUGGUGGUGGUUUCCUUUGUCCUCGACAUCGUCCUCCUGUUCCGGGAACACGAGUUUGAGGCUCUUGGCCUGCUGAUUCUGCUCCGGCUGUGGCGGGUGGCCCGGAUCAUCAACGGGAUAAUUAUCUCAGUUAAGACUCGUUCGGAACGGCAACUGUUAAGGUUAAAACAAAUGAACAUACAACUGGCUGCCAAGAUCCAACACCUUGAAUUCAGCUGCUCUGAGAAGGAACAAGAAAUUGAAAGACUUAACAAGCUGUUGAGACAGCAUGGACUUCUCGGUGAAGUGAACUAAAUGCCUACCUGCCCCACCAAAAGAGAGGACGCUGCCUUGGGGGCUUGUGCCUGUGAGGAGAAAGACAACUGCCUUUCCUAGGCUUGGUUUGGGGCUCUUGCCUCGCUCUCCCCAAGCUUGGAUUCUAGCCGGUGGGGGACACAGUCUUUUGGAAGGC